AUGAAGUACAUCAUCCUGGCUCUUUGUUUGUUGAGUGUUGUCUUAGCAAGGACUAGAGUGACCAGUCCGUUUGCUCAUCCAAAGAUAGAUGUUGAGAAGAUCAAAGCUCUACAUACAGAUAUUGUUGAAGAUACAGUUGACAUGAAAAUUGAUCAUUUCAAUGCAAAUGGACAAUCAGACACUUAUCCAAUGAGGUACCUAGUUAACGCUAAGCACUAUCAAAAAGGAGGUCCAAUCUUUUUCUAUGCUGGUAACGAAGGAAAUGUAUACACCUUUUAUAACAAUACUGGAUUCAUGGUAAACACUCUUGCUGAGGAGUACAAGGCUCUAGUAGUCUUUGCAGAGCACAGAUAUUUCGGAGAAUCUCUCCCAUUUGGAGAUAAGUCUUUCGAUACUGAAAAUCUUAAGUAUCUCAACGUUGAGCAGACCAUGACAGACUAUGUUGAGUUUAUCAGAGGAUUCAGGAAGGAAUCAGGCCUCGACCAGACUCCAGUAAUUGUCUUUGGAGGAUCUUAUGGAGGUAUGCUCGCUUCAUGGUUGAGAAUGAAAUUCCCAGAGACCUUCCAAGGUGCAAUUGCUUCAUCUGCUCCGAUUAUUUAUUUCAAGGACGCUGUACCAGAAGAUGGAUUCUACAAUGUUAUUCAAGAUGUAUUUACUCAUAAUCAUCCAGAAUGUUCUGAGAAUAUCAAGAAAGUUGCUGAAUUGAUUGUUUCAUUCAAAAACCAACCAGAAAAGAUCAGAUCUCUUAAAAGUAUGUAUAAUACUUGCCAGGCAAUUGAAACUGCAGAUGAUGUUGACAAAAUCACUGGAUUCUUAUACAACGCUUGGAUCUACAUGGCUAUGACUAACUAUCCUUAUCCUACUGAGUUUUUAGCUCCAAUGCCAGGAAAUCCAGUUGAUGUAUCUUGUGAGCCAUUCGACUUGACUGCUUCAAAGCCAAAGAUCACUAGCCUUCUCAAGAAAGAUAGUCUUUUCUCUGACGAUGAGCUUGCUCUUCUUCAAGCUGCUGCUGACAGUGUCCAGGUAUUUUACAAUUACACUGGAGAACUCGCAUGUAACGAUCUGAGCGGAAGUGAGACUCCUAACCUAGAUGCCUUUGGAUGGGACAUUCUGGCUUGCAAUGAGAUGGCCAUGCCAAUGGGUACCGAUGGAAAGGACAACAUGUUCCUUCCAGAGUCCUUUAGUUAUGAAGCUCAUACUAAGCAAUGCGAAGAGAGAUUCGGAAUCACCCCACAAUUCGAUUUUGCUUUAACUUUCUUCGGUGGAAGGAAUCCAACCUUCGACUUUGCAACCACUUCCAACAUAGUGUUCGCUAAUGGAAACAUUGAUCCAUGGAAUGCUGGAAGUAUUACUAUACCUGUAAGCAAGGAUACUGUGACUAUUAACAUUGAAAACUCAGCCCAUCACUUAGAACUCAGAGAUCCAAAUCCUCUAGACCCACAAUCUGUUGUAGAUGCUAGAAAUGUUGAAAGAGAACAAAUCACAAAGUGGCUUGCCCAAUUUAGAGAAAUAGUUGAAUCUUCUUAA